CUCCCUUAUUCAUCCACAUCAUUUCUUUAACCAAAAUGAAGCAUUUGAUCAUUAUUUUCGCCCUCCUUGCCGCAGCAAACUGGGCUUCGGCCCAGAACUGCGGCUGUGCGGCCAACGAGUGCUGCAGCCAAUUCGGCUUCUGCGGCACCGACACCACUUACUGCGGGCCAGGCUGUCAGUCCGGGCCAUGCACCACCAACGGAGUCAAAGUUGAGGAGGUUGUUACAGAUGCUUUCUUCAAUGGGAUAGCCAAUGCAGCCGGGGCGGAAUGCCCGGACCGUGGAUUCUACACUCGCGCUGCCUUUCUCGAUGCCGUCGGAUCGUUCCGCGGGUUUGGAACCGACGGCACAGCUGAUGACAGUCGCCGGGAAAUCGCGGCCUUCUUCGCCCAUGUUGCGCACGAAACAGGCAACCUUUGCUUUAGAGAGGAGAGAGAGAAAUCAGAUAAGUAUUGCGACCCGGGCUUUCCGGACUGGCCGUGCAACCCAGACAAGUUCUACUACGGCCGCGGCCCGUUGCAGCUGACGUGGAACUACAACUACGGGGCAGCGGGACGGGCCAUUGGGUUUGACGGGCUGAACAAUCCGGAGGUUGUGGGCACGGACGUGGGGAUAUCGUUCAAGGCGGCCUUGUGGUAUUGGAUGCAAAAUUGUCACAACGCUAUUGUUUCGGGGCAGGGGUUCGGGGCCACGAUUCGGGCCAUCAAUGGCAACUUGGAAUGCGACGGUAAGAAGCCCGAACUUGUGACCAGUAGGGUUGACUUGUACACACGUUACUGCGGCCAGCUCGGUGUGGACCCGGGGACUAAUCUACGAUGUUGAUUUCAACUACUCAAGACUCAGUCUACACAUCGAGUAGACUCAGAUCUAUUAUCUUGUCAUGCAAUAAAAUAAAUUAAUGGAUCUACCUAGAAUAAAUGUGACGAGUCACGUCUUUGAAAUGGUAUUUCAAUGAAUAUUUCCUUGAGAUA